AUGGGCUACGCGAAACUGGAGCAAACCGGACACGGCAUCCAUUUGCGACAAUUUGCGAGAGCUUUUGUUAUAGAAGACGAAGAGAACAACCGCAGGAUAGUGUUCGUUUCUGUGGAUGCUGGCAUGAUGGGGCAUGGUGUUAGGAAAGAGGUAAUACGCAUCUUACACAAGCGUUUCGGCUCGCUCUACAACGAGGACAACGUGAUAAUCAGUGGCACGCACUCUCAUUCCACUCCCGGCGGAUUCCUCAUGCACUUCCUCUUCGAUCUUCCAAUCCUCGGCUUCGUCAGGGAGACUUACAAUGCCUACGUUGGUGGGAUUGUUAGGAGUAUAGUACUGGCCCACAAUGGCCUGGUGCCUGCUAAAAUACUGUAUGGCGAAACAGAGAUACUAGAUGCCAAUAUCAACAGAUCACCAACCUCGUAUCUUCGGAAUCCACCUGAAGAAAGAGCUAGAUACGAGCACGAUACAGACAAGACUCUUGCCCAAAUUCGGUUUGUAUCACUGAUCAGCCAGCGCGUCAUAGGAGUAAUCAACUGGUUUGCAGUCCACCCAACCAGCAUGAACAAUACUAAUAGACUUGUAUCAUCAGACAAUGUUGGGUAUGCCAGCAUUUUGAUGGAAAAGGCUUUGAAUGGUAAAACCACCUUGCCUGGGAAG